GACUUGAAUGUCUUAACAUAUUGUGUCAAGAUUGAAACUGACAACUUGCUGUUAAAUUUUCACUGACAUUGUCUUUGGCAGUUACCUUUUAGUGUUUGUUUUUUCGAAAAAACAUAUUGCUUGUAAAUUAAAGUGUUCUUGUAUUAUUUGAAUAGACUUGACUAUUUCUGAGUGACUGAAGGUUUAAGCUCUCUCAUAUUCAGUUGCUGGGUGUUCAGUGUGUUAUUUAAAGUUAUUUUGUUAAACUGCUGUACUUCGUUCAAAAUACAUAUUGGUGGUGUUGUAUAAACAACAUUGGGUCAAGAUGGGUUCUACUGAAGUACCUUGGCAGUUCAACUUUCCGCCAUUCUUCACAAUACAACCAAAUGUAGACACGAGAAAAAAACAGCUGGAGGCUUGGUGCCAGCUGGUCUUGGAUCAGCAACGGGCACGUAACAGUCAUUCACUGGAUGUGAACGAGGUUCAUUCCUCGAUCUUCACGAACAAAUCAAUCAAUCGUAAGUUAUCGGUCGAUGGAGUCAUUAUGGUUCUGGAAGAAUUGCGGAAAAAGGGCCAUCUUGAAUGGAAGGACCCUAAGACGAGAAAAGAGGCCCUCAUUAUGUGGCGGACGCCAGAAGAGUGGGGAAAACUCAUAUAUAAAUACAUCACAGGAAAAAGUAUGACAAACACAGUGUGUACGCUGUUUGAACUCUCUAACGGGGAGGAAACAGAGGGUGAGGAAUUCCAUGGCCUCGAACUGUGGCUGCUCAAACGUGCGCUUCAAACCCUCGAGAGAGAUGGCAAGGCUGAGCUUAUGGCGUUUGGUGACAGCGAAGGCGUCAAGUUCUUUUGAUGGAAGUGGACUCUAGUUUUAAGUUCAUCCGAUUGUUAACUUCAUUUUCAAUGUACUUACCGAUACAAGAGGUGAUUUUUUGCCCUUCUGUAGGAAUCUAUUUCCAAAGCAAUCAUGUACAUAUUUUUCCCCAUCACGGGGAACAAAUCCUGAAAAGGGGGAAAUUGUACAUGUUGCCUGGUAUUUUAACAGGACUUAUAAAACCAAUUGUCAAUCUUCUAAAUUUUACCAAGUAUUUUGUGUGUAUUCAAAUAUAUAAGAAAACAGUAAUAUUAUCAAGUUGAUUUAGUUCUGAUGAUUUGUUUAUGAUAUUUUAUGACUAUGCUAAUUGAUUUUUUUAAUAAAAAUAUGUUUUAUUAUUAUUCUAAACUAAAACAUAUACUGAUAUACUGGUACCUUUCUGGAAUAUAUUUAUUGCUCUCACUUAUAUGCAUGUACCUUGUAACCGGCAAAUAUGUGGAAUAAAAUGACAAUUGUC